CUUUGCCCAUCUUUGCGACCCAAGACCCACGAGACAGCGCGAAGCUCUCUUCGGCCAUCUCCGCCUACUACUAUUGUAGAGUUGAGGGACGGAGGGUCAUCGGGAGGGAAAACGUUUUGUCAAAGCCCCUCCGAUAAGCACAAGUGCAGAUCGAUCGAAUGGACAAACACCUCGAGUUGUUAUAGCUUGCGGGCCCUCUGACCCCAGGACUUUUUCUCUCUUGUAUCCGGAUCCUUUAGCAGUUGGUGCUUCAAGCUCUAACCGUUGACUGUUAAAUCGAGGCACACAGGUACAGAGGAACACCACCUAGAUCAGACACAUUACGAGUACCACCAUGCAUUACGCGACUCUGCCUCUCCUCGCCUCUCUGGCCUCGACUGCCUUCGGACAGACCGAACAGGUGAUCGGGGCAUACAUCUUCCACCGUCACGGAGAUCGUACUGCAAAGUCGACACCACCGGCGAAUCUGACGGAUCUGGGUUAUCAAGAGGUCUACACAUCUGGCAACUACUACCGCAGCCGCUACGUUAGCAGUGAGGCCAGCCGCCGCAUCUAUGGCCUCAACUCGGACAUUGUCAAGCAGUCGCAAAUCACUGCCUCGGCUCCCAGCGACACCGUCCUGCAGAACUCGGCCGCUGGCUUCCUCCAAGGUCUGUACCCUCCGGUCGGCGAGACUCUGGGCAGCAACACUCUCCGCAACGGUACCGUCAUCCGCUCACCACUGAACGGUUUCCAAUUGAUCCCCCUCGGGACCGUCACGACCGGCACCAACAGCGAGAACUCGGCCUGGCUCCAGGGCUCGACCAACUGCGCCAACGCCCAGAUCAGCUCGAACAACUACUUCAACAGUGCCAGCUACCUCGCCGCGCUCAAUAGCACCCAGUCCUUCUACGAUGGCCUCGAACCCAUGAUCAACCGCACCUUCACCGCGCAGCAGACCAGCUUCAAGAACGCCUACACCAUCUUCGACCUCCUCAACGUCGCCAGCAUCCACAACUCGUCCGAAAACUUCCCCAAUGCGGACCUCCUUACCCCCGAGACCUUCUUCCAGCUGCGCACGAGGGCCGACCAGCACGAGUUCGGCCUGGCCUACAACGAAUCCGAGCCCAUCCGCGCCAUCACGGCCUCCGUCCUCGCCGCACAGGUCGUCGACGCCCUCAACGGCACCAUCGCCAACAAGGGCAAGAACAAGCUCAACAUCCAGUUCGGCGCGUACGGCGGCAUGAUGUCGUACUUUGGCCUCACCAACCUCACGACCGUGGACCCCGACUUUUUCGGCGUGCCGGACUACGCGUCCAGCCUCGUGUGGGAGCUCGUGACCAACGCCAGCGUCUCGAGCACCUCGUUCCCCACCGCCGACGAGAUCAGCGUCCGCUUCUACUUCCACAACGGCACGGCCAGCAACACCAGCGAGCCCGCCGAGUUCCCCCUGUUCGGCGGCGCGCGGUCCCCCCUGCCGUGGUCCGAUUUCGUGGCCGGCAUGAACAAGUUUGCCAUCUACUCGCAGGCGGACUGGUGCAAGGCCUGCGGGAACUCGACCGGCACCUGCAGCGCGGCCGCCCUGGGCAACGACGACAGCUCGCCCAUCGGCACCAGCUCCCACUCUGGCGGUGGCAUGUCCAAGGCCGUCGCCGGCGUCAUUGGUGCCAUGGUCACCCUGGGCGUCAUUCUCGGCUUGGAGUUGCUUAUCGUUCUGGUCGGUGGUUUGAGGGUCGUCAGCAAGAAGCGUCUGGCCGGUGCCGGUGCUGCUUCUGGCGCCGCCCAACCUGGCAUGACCACGACCUCUGGCUCCAAGGCAUAAGUGCCUAGGUAUAUAUAUCGUCACAAUUUUCAGAGGUGUGAUAGAUAUACGACCAGUGAGACCUAGUACGAUGUGAGAGAGAUCUCGGUUUUUUGGAAACACCGCCUCUGAUCUUUUUGCUUUUUUUCAGAACCCGAUAAUGCUGCUGCCCUAUCUCAUUACAGACACAGAUCAGAAAAAAAUGUCACUUGUAUUUCCAUCCUCGAUCCUAUAUAAAAAAGUCUACGUACCUAGGUAGGUAGUUUGGUUAUACUCGAUAUUCAUAGUAGUAAGCGCAAUUGAUACGAAGAUGCAUAUACA